CUGGAGGACCGAAGGCAAUUUAUAAAGAAGAAGUGAUUGUAACAACAACUGAAGAGCCAAUAGUGACUGUUACCACGCCACCUAAACCAUCAGUUUUGAAAACUGUUUAUGAUGUUGUCAAGUCUCUAAUGUUGAUUAAAGUGAAAACUGCAUUCGAUGCCCUGUUUGGUAAACCAAUGGAGAAAAAUUCAGUUAUUGAUGCUAAAAAACUGCUUGAGAAAACUCUUUACUAA